AUGGCCACUCGUGUGGUCUCGCGCAUCAAUCGGCGACUCCAUACUACGAUCACAGUAAGGGACGUCUUUGACUCCCCGGGCGUGGCCGACCUGGCCGAGCGGUUGGCGCACGCCCUCGGUACCACCCCCUACGUACCUAUUCCGCGCACACAGCUCAGCGGGCCCGUCGUGCAAUCGUUUGCGCAGGGUCGCCUCUGGUUCCUCGACCGCCUCUUCCCGGACUCGACCUGGUAUCUGAUGCCAUUCGCGACCCGCCUUCGCGGUCCCCUGCAGCUUUCAGCCCUUAACAAGGCGCUGCAGGCACUUGAAGAGCGCCAUGAGCCAUUACGCACCGUGUUCGGCCAGCGCGAGGGAACCGACGUACAGCUUGUCCGACCCUUUGUCGCCCGGCCCCUGCGCACUAUCAACGUUUCCGACGGCAACUGGACUACCCUGAUGCGAGCCUUGCGAGAAGAGCAAACCACAUCGUUUGAUCUGGAGAACGAGCCCGGGUGGCGCGUCGCCGUCUUCAGCCUCAGGGCCAGAUGA